AUGUUGAGAUAUGAGGGACAUGUGUGUGUAAUCCUGUUCAAAACGCUCUUGAGGAUUCUGUUGAAGAUCCUCUAUUCUGAAAAGUCUCCAGAGGAAACAAAUCCUAAAAGAGUAGCUCUCGAGGAGAUGGAAUGCAACAAGGAUGAAGCGAGAAGGGCAAUGGAUAUUGCUGAGAGGAAGGUUACAGCAAAAGACUACAACGGGGCGAGAAAGUUCGCUAACAAGGCUCAAACCUUGUAUCCCCAACUGGAAGGUCUGAAGCAAUUGAUGAUGACGGUUGAUGUUUACAUCUCAGGAGAGAAACAGAUCGGUGGAGAAGCUGAUUGGUAUGGUAUCCUUGGUGUAGAUCCAUACGCUGAUGAUGAAGCAGUGAGAAAGCAGUACCGGAAAUUAGCUCUCAUGCUCCAUCCGGAUAAAAACAAGUGUACAGGCGCAGAAGGUGCUUUCAAGCUGGUUUCAGAGGCUUGGAGUUUGCUAUCUGACAAGUCUAGGAGAUUUUCAUAUAACCUGAAGAGGCAGGUUGGAGAAGCUCCACAGAGAUUCACAACAACGCAGACCGGGGCUCCACCUCCACCAAGCUCUAACGGGUUUCAAAAUGCAAGAAACCCUGUGAGUUCGAAUGCUAGGCCUAAAACUAAGCCUGCUGCACGUAUGGAUAGAUCUAGAUCCCGCGUGGAUCCCCCUGCUCCUGCUGCUCCGGUUAAGGAGAGUUGUACCUUCUGGACGAUGUGCAACAGAUGCACGACGCAGUAUGAGUACCUGAGGGUUUAUCUUAACCAGACCUUGCUUUGUCCAAACUGUCAGGAGGGUUUCAUUGCAGCUGAGAAGAAUCCGCCUGCAACUGUUUUGAGGCCAGUCGACCUCUCAUCUAGCCAAAAGCACCGGAGCUCCAAAAAUCAAGCCGCACACAAAAACACUUCUUCUGGGAGAGAGCAUGCACCAUCUGCUAGCCGUGGUUUUCAGUGGGAGUCUUUGUCAAGAAUGGCUAACAGCGGAAAUGUCACAAACCAAGCUCCGAAUUCAGUUCAGCAAGCAAAAGAUAAUCUGAAAAGAGGGUUUGGGGAGUCACAAGAAAGGGAUGCUUCCAGAGGAUUCACAAACUCUGAUCUGAGGAAUUUCAAGAAGCCGAGGACUGACGAUUCCCAUCUCUUUGGUCCAAGUAAGUCCAGUAAUCCUGCCAAAGGAUAUACUGAAACGCCAACCACCAUGGGCUCUCGUCAUCCUAAUAUACAAAGAAUGUUGUUGCCUUGUGAUAUCAAGAAAGCGCUUAUGAACAAGGCACAGUCAGAUAUAUCUAAGAGACUUCCGAAGAUGAUCUCUGACAUGGCAGAGGACGUGAAAGCAGUUGAGAGGGAGAAGAAAAGUAUGAAAGCAACGAGCAAGGCGAAUGAGGUUGAAAGGAAUGGUGGUCCGGUCAAUGUUUCCAGUGAUUCAGAUGAAGAGAAGGUUGUUAAAGUGACCGCAAUCACUGUUCCUGAUUCAGAUUUUCACAACUUUGAUCUUGGCCGCUCUGAAAAUUCCUUCCGAGAGGACGAGAUUUGGGCUGCUUAUGACGAUGACGAUGGUAUGCCUCGGUUCUACGCCCGCAUCCAAAAGGUGGUUUCUCUGAAUCCCUUUAAACUGAGAAUCAGCUGGCUCAAUACCAAAACCUGCAGAGAGUUUGGUGAUCUAGACUGGACAAGGUCUGGUUUUGCAAAAUCGUGUGGGGAGUUCAGAGUUGGGAAAUACGAACCAACAGAUGCACUAAACGCCUUUUCUCACAAAGUCGAUUUCACCAAAGGUGCGAGAGGACUCCUUUACAUUCUUCCCAAGAAGGGACAAGUCUGGGCUCUGUAUCGAAACUGGUCUGCUGAGUGGGACAAAGAAACCACACCUGGUGAAGUUAUACACAAGUACGACAUGGUGGAAGUUCUUGAUAACUAUACCGACGACAAGCAAGAUGUAACCGUGGCUCUCUUACUCAAAGCCGAAGGGUUCAGGGCAGUUUUCCGGAGAAGCACAGAGCAGAACGAUGUGAGGAAGAUCACAAAGGAGGAGAUGUUCAGAUUCUCCCACCAAGUGCCUCACUACAUUCUCACAGGGAAAGAAGCUGAUAACGCACCAGAGGGCUUUAUGGAACUAGACCCGGCUGCAACACCUUGUGAACUACUUUCAGAGAACGACGAGGUUAAAGAGUCAUCAAAAAUGGAUGUUGAGGAAAGUGCUCCAAAGGAAGAAAUGGGUAUGGAUCUAGAUUAG